AUGGAGGAGCUGUGCUCCGCGGAAACCGAGAGGAUGGAAGCGUGGCUGGACGACCACUUGGAGUUCACGCGCUCAUACUUUGUCCGGAAGGCGUCAAGGGAGAUGGUAAAUGCCUGGUUCGCUGACCGCGUUCAUACCGUUCAGCCGUCUGUGCCCAAAGAAAAUUCUUCGCAGCAGCGGGUCCACCAACCUUCCAUGAAUCUUGACCCCUCAGAUGCCUCUGUCAUCCUCCCAACUGCCCUUAGCCUCCUGGAGAACCGCUCUCCCUCACCAGCCACAGUUUCCAGCCCAGCUCCCGGCACCCCAACUCGCAAAAUCUCAGCUUCAGAGUUUGACCGCCCUCUAAGACCAAUCGUGGUCAAAGACUCUGAAGGUUCUCUGACAUUUCUAAGCGACACAGACCGAGAGACAGUCCAUCUUGGAGGCUCAGUAAUGGGUGAGGGUGUUUUAAAUGAUGGAGGAGGAAAUGAAGGCGGUUGUGGCAGCGGGGGGGACUGUUGCACCAGGUUGUUGGCGCUGGUAAAGGAAGUGUCAAGUCAUCUGGAUGUGACUGCUCUCUGCCACAAGAUCUUCCUUCACAUCAAUGAGCUCAUCGCUGCAGAUCGCUACUCUCUUUUUCUGGUAGGAACCACCUGGAUUCAGUACUUUGUCAUGACUGCUUUAACUGAAGUUGAUACCAGGUUUAAUGCAGAAGUUGACCAGAUCACAGGUUACAAAACUCACAGUAUCCUUUGUCUGCCCAUCAAGAACCACAGAGGCGAGGUUAUUGGAGUCGCUCAGGCUAUUAACAAGAAAUGUGGGGAGGACGGUGCCUUCACAGAGCAAGAUGAAAAGGACUUCUCAGCCUAUUUGGCCUUUUCAGGCAUCGUUCUGCACAAUGCACAGCUGUAUGAGACUUCACAGCUGGAAAACAGGCGCAAUCAGGUGUUGUUGGACCUUGCCAGUCUGAUCUUUGAGGAGCAACAGUGUCUGGAGGUUUUACUGCGGAGGAUCGCAGGAACUAUCCUGUCCUUCAUGCAGGCCCAGGCUUGCACCAUCUUCAUUGCUGAUGAUGACUCCAUGAAUUCCUUCUCCAGUGUCUUUCACAUGGAAUACGAUGAGCUGACUGAAGUCCUCGAUGCCCCCAAAAGGGACUGUGACAUCAGUCAGAUUAAUUACCUGUACGCUCAUUACGUUAAAAACACCAUGCUGCCUCUGAACAUUGCUGAUGUCACCAAGGACCAGCGCUUCACCUGGAUGGGUGAAAACCCAGGUGACACCAUUUACAAGAUUAAAAGUCUUCUCUGCACACCCAUCAGGAAUGGAAAAAAGGACAAAGUCAUAGGCAUUUGCCAGCUAGUGAAUAAAAUGGAUGAAGCGUGCAACAGCGUUAAGGCCUUCAACAGAAACGAUGAGCAGUUCCUGGAGGCGUUUGCCAUCUUCUGUGGCCUGGGCAUUCAGAACACACAGAUGUACGAAACAGUGGAGAGAGCCAUGGCGAAGCAGGAGGUCACACUGGAGGUCUUGUCGUAUCACGCCACUGCCACAGAGGAAGAGUCCCGGGAAAUCCAGGUUGCCACAGUUCCAUCGGCGCAGUCACUGCAUCUGGUGGAUUUCAGCUUUAGCGACUUUGACCUAUCGGACACUGAAACCACACUUGCUACCAUACGCAUGUUUGUUGACCUCAAUCUGAUCCAGAACUUUCAGAUGAAGUACACGAAUGACUUGAAUAAUCUGGAGAUUUUGGCUCUGAUGAUCGCCACGCUCUGCCACGACCUGGACCACAGAGGAGUCAACAACUCCUACAUACAGAGGAGCGACCACCCCCUGGCCCAGCUCUACUGCCACUCCACCAUGGAGCACCACCACUUUGACCAGUGCCUCAUGAUCCUCAACAGCCCUGGAAACCAGAUCCUGAGCAACCUCUCUCUGGAUGAGUACAAAGUCACUCUGAAGAUGAUUGAAAGGGCAAUCCUGGCCACUGACCUUGCUCUGUACAUAAAGAGGAGAGAGGAGUUCUUUGAGCUCACUAAGAACAACCAGUUUGUUUGGGAGGAUGAACAUCAUAGAGAAUUACUGAGGUCGAUGCUGAUGACCGCAUGUGACAUUUCAGCCAUCACUAAGCCCUGGCCCGUGCAAAAAAGGAUUGCAGAGCUGGUGGCCACAGAGUUCUUUGAGCAAGGGGACAAGGAGAGACGGGAACUGAACAUUGAGCCAAUUGAUUUGAUGAACCGUGAGAAACGGGAUAAGAUACCCAGCAUGCAGGUGUCCUUCAUUGAUGCCAUUUGUAUUCAGCUGUACGAGACUUUGGCUGGCAUGUCGGAGUACUGUUCCCCGCUGCUGGAAGGAUGUCAGAAGAACCGGCAGCAUUGGAAGCAUUUGGCUGAGGACUGUGAGAAGGGGCUGGUCAAUGGACUGGUGUGA